AUUUAGGACAAAACCUCUUUCUCUCUCUCCCCAUUCGAUAUCACAGGGGAUUUCCACUCCCUACAAUGAAAUGUCAGGACCCCACUCCAGGUAACAUUAGUCUACGUCUCCACAUUCAGCUUCCAAGAAACUUCAGAAAAUGAAAAAUAAGACCCCUGCAAGACCAAGAAGACCCACAAAAGCAAUUAAGUCACCUUGCUCUGCCCCGAAGCACAAGGAAGCAAAACAACAACACUUUAGACCCACCCCCUGGUUUUCCCUACCUUUCACACAAGGAAAAACAAAACAGAAAAUCACUAGAGGUUGGCUUCAAUGGAAUUAGCAAAGAAACUUCCCCCUUUCUCCCUAUCUCGUGUUUCCAAAAUCAUUUUCCACUUCAAAACACCAAUAUAAAGCAGUGUCGAUUGACUCCAAGUAUCACAAGUUCCCCUCCACUGUACACAAGUUAGCUGGGUAAGUAACAAUGGUGAGCAUUUAUGUUUCUCUCUGUGAUAUAGAUGGGUUCUUUUGUAUGUAUCAAGUAAUCAAUUGGAUCAUCGAAUUCCAGCAAACUUGCAUGAGAAUUCGAUGUCGACUACGUGCAUGGGUUGGAUCCCUUGCUCACCCACGUGAGCAGGAGGAUACGCACCCAUGGUUAACUGCUGGAGAAGAGAGAGAAAGCAAUACAAGCAAUCUAGAACACUGCACAUCAUGUAAUAUGGACCGAAAGGUGAGUAUCUCAAAUGCUCAUGAUAUAUAUAGCGAAGUGGAGCUAACAAUAGAUGAUGUUAAGAUGGUUACCGAAAUACUUGGACUAGGAAUUGGCAGAGAUGAGAGAGAAGGCCACAGUGAAAAAACUUGCGACUGUGAGCUUUUGAGUGAUAUUGCAGUCAUGCUGGAGGAGAAGGAAGCAAGCGUAGAGGAACUGAAGGAGGUGUUUCAUGUGUUCGAUGAGGAUAGAGAUGGGUUCAUAGACGCAGCGGAUUUACAGAGAGUAAUGGGUAUUCUAAGGUUGAGAGAGGCAAUGGACUUAGCACAAUGUCAUAAGAUGAUACGAGCUUUUGAUGAGAACAGAGAUGGUAGAAUUGAUUAUGAAGAGUUCAAAAUUAUGAUGGAGAAUAACCUUACCUGAACACCCCAAAGCUCCGAAACUGGUCUCCUUGCUUUUCUUUUCCUUUUUGCAUCUAGUAAGAGAACCAUGUAAAUUCUCCAAAUACUGAGCAUGCUACUUAAGUUUUUGGGUGUGCAAUGGAGGUUUUCGUGAUUACUUGCACUGCACUUUUUCAUUCACUGCAACUGCUUGUUCUGUACUCUUUCAAGAAGAACAUGUCCACUGUUUUGGCCCAUAAAUGGACAGCUAAAAAUAAGCAAUAUUUAAGAGAGAAGAAAUAAACCACUAAGGGUGCAUGCAUUUGAACAUUUGCAUAAACAACUAUAAUUGAAUAAUAGCAGACAAGGCUAUAAUUCUCUAGGCUUAGUCGCUAGGACCUGGGGACCCAAUAGCUAAUGUCGAAAGAAACAAAAGGCGACAAAAUCAACAUUACGAAAUCAAGUAAAUCAUCAGUAGUUAAAUAUUUUUUAUGGGAGUAGAGCAUGAUUCUAGGAGACCUUUUCCUCCACAGUGAAUAAAUUAUAACCAGGAGCUCGCAACAUGAUCAGCAUCAACCAUGCAUUGAAACCAACAAAAAGAUGCCUAUACCUACCCUAAAGCCUUUUCAGAGAAGUCUUGUGCAUAAUGUGGCCUCAAAAAGAACAAAGCAUAGUAAAUCACCAUUAAAACUCAUAUGAGAACCUUACUAGCAGUUAAGCAGUGUUAAAUAACCACCUCCAUGGACUUUAGCCAUAGCCAUGUGGCAUCGCGAAGAUACACAGAGAGAGUUGGACGAUUGAAUAAAGAACUCCAUACAUCAAUAACAUCCUGAAAAUCUUGCAGAAAGCAAAAUAUAUUGAGAUAUUUAAUCCUAUCUUUCUAGGAUUACCCUUAUUUUUCCUCUUUUUUUUGUUUUUUAUUUUUUUUCUAGGAUUAUGCAUUAAUAUUUCAUGGCUGUUACAGCCCAUUAUGCAAGACUGUUACAUGACUAUUAUAGCCUCUUAUACAAGACAUUUACAUAAUUGUUACAGCUCAUUAUGUAAGACUGUUACAAUGGUUGUUCCAUCUAAUUAUACAAGAGUAUUACAUAGUCGUUAUAAUCCAUUAUGCAAGACUAUUACAUAGUUGUUACAUCGCAUUAUACAAGGCUUUUACAUGGCUAUUCCAGCCCAUUAUGCAAGACUAUUACAAAACUGUUACAGUCACAACAAUCCCCCCAUAUUGGAGCAUAUAAAUCCUAGAUGGGCAUCCUGUCCAAAGUAUCCUUUAGUUGAACUCGAUUAGAGGCCUUAGUGUGUCUGCUAGUUGAUUCUCAGAUCGAACAAAUGGAGUACAUAUUGUCUUUGAAGCGACCUUCUCUUUGACGAAAUAAUAGUCGACUUCAAUAUGCUUGGUUCUUUCAUGAAAUAAAGGAUUUGAGGCAAUAUGAAUUGUCAUUUGAUUAUCACAAUGUAGAGGAAUAGGAGCUAAUACGUUAAUACCCAUCUCUUAAAGAAGAGAACAGAGCCAAAUUAUUUCACAUCUAGACUUGCCAUUGCUCGAUACUCAGCUUCUGCUGAAGAUCAAAUUACAACACUCCACCUCUUAUUCUUUCAGGUGACUAAAUUACCACCCACUGUUACAAAGUAGCCACUGGUCGGUCAUCGAUCAAGAGAACACCCAGCCCAAUCUACAUUGUAGAAACAAGAGAACACCCAACCCAAUCUACAUCAUAAAAAGCUUGUACAUCAAGGCAACCAUAACUAGUAUAAAGUAGUCCUCAACCUAGAACAGAUUUCUGAUAUUGUAAAAUGCAAUAAAUAGCCUCCAAGUGAUCAGAGCAUAGUGCCGACAUAAAUUGACUUGCGACACUUAUAGCAUAUGUAAUGUCCGGCCGUCUAAUAGUCAAAUCAUAGUUACCGGAAUCUCUCCACCGACCUUGCGCAAAACCAUAUUCCGCGUUUCUGUUAAGGAAUCUCCAUGGAAACCGUUUUUCGGAACCAAGGAAACUCGAUUCCAUAAUUUCCA